AUGGAGAAAAAUGGAAACCCUCCAUCUUACGGCUGGAGUAAUGGGCAUAUGCAGGCACCUCCUGCGGCCCCUCCGAGUUAUUCACAAGCCGUGGGCGGUGUGGGACCCUCCAGUCCAUACACGCCCCAAUAUCCUCGUACAACGGGUCCACAAAUAGUCACAACAGUGGUGCCUUUGGGGCCACAAUCUACACAUAUGAUAUGCCCCAGUUGCCACGGAGAAAUCGACACGGCCUCAAAGAAAAAACCGGGUCUCAUUGCAUAUAUAGCCGGAUCGGUGAUGUGUAUCCUGGGGUUGUUUUGCGGCUGCUGCUUGAUUCCGUGCUGCAUCGACAGUUGCAUGGAUGUGCAUCACGAGUGCCCCAAUUGUGGCGCUCACCUUGGCCGCUAUCGCCGGUAA